CCCCCAUCACUAUUGACAUUUCGCUUUUUAGUUUUAACAGCAGAUUUUUUUCUAUUGGCUAUUCGAAUAAUUCGAACUAAUUCGAAGUUAGCGUUAGAGGCUGGGUGGUGGCUGGAGAACAGUAUUUUUAUCAGCAGUGAGGGGGGAUGUGUGGACGUUUCAAGACGCACGUCGGCAUUAAUUCUUCUGAUUCAGUGUAUUUUCACUUUCACUUAUGUGAUUCACAGUUGUUUGAUAAAUGAGUGUAAAACCGCUGGACAGAGUACAAACAAUCACUUUGUAAUAGUAGCACCAUGGCGACCCUCGUCUUCGAAAUGGCUUCCAAAAAUUACUGUGUUGUGUUUAUAAUUUUCGCGUUAGCGAUAGUUCAAGCAGUCGGUUACGACACUGAACUGUAUGGAACAAAGCCUUGCGACAGCAGUGCAUGUUUUGAAGCGCUUCACGGUUCGCUUGGGGAUUGUUCGUGCAAUGUAGAUACGAUUGACUACUUCAACAAUGUUAAGAUCUUUCCCCGUAUUCAGAGUAUAGUGAGCAAGGACUACUUUCGUUUCUACAAGGUGAAUUUGAAAAAGGAAUGCCCUUUCUGGGCCGACGAUAGCAGGUGUGCAAUGAAAUAUUGUCAUAUAAAAACUUGUUCGAAAGAGAGUGUUCCUGGGUACGCAAAUGGAUACGACGAUGAGCACAUUGACGAGGCUCCUGUUACAAAAUACAGUAAGGAGGCUCAGCAAUCUGGUUGCAAUACAGAUGCAGACCACGACCCAGAGUUAGGUUACUUGAAUAUGACCAUCAGUGCAGCCAGUCAAUUUGAGAUUGCUAAAUGGAAAGCACAUGAUGAUGCACUUGAGAAAUUCUGUGAUUAUGAUGAAAGAGAUGCUGAUGCUGAGUAUGUAGACUUGUCAUUGAAUCCUGAAAGGUAUACUGGCUAUAAAGGCCCAUCUGCGCAUAGGAUCUGGAGAAGCAUUUACCAGGAGAACUGCUUCCGGCCCAAGUCUAAUCCUUAUGAAUCUUUCCCUUAUGUAUUAAGUACUGACUUAAGUAACAUGUGUUUGGAAAAGAGAGUAUUUUACAGAGCUGUUUCAGGUAUGCACACCAGUAUUAACAUUCAUCUGUGCUCAAAGUAUUUACUUAAUGAAAAAGGGGCUGGAUUUGCUGUCCCACCAGAUGGUGUGUGGGGGCCUAAUUUGGAGGAAUUCCAGAACAGAUUUGACCCAUCACAGACCAAGGGCGAGAGUUUCAACUGGUUGAAAAAUUUAUACUUUGUUUAUUUGCUACAAAUGCGGGCACUGGCGAAAGCAGGGCCUUAUUUGGAAAGAGAGGAAUAUUUUACUGGAAAUCCUACAGAGGAUGAGGAAACUAGACAGGCAAUUCGGAACAUGCUGGGUCUGAUUUACACUUUCCCAGAUCAUUUCAACGAAUCUUCCAUGUUCAUUGGAGGCAGUCAAGAUGCUACGUUAAAAAAUGAGUUUAGAGAGCAUUUUAGAAAUAUUUCCCGUAUUAUGGAUUGCGUUGGAUGUGACAAAUGCAAACUUUGGGGUAAACUGCAGACUCAAGGUCUUGGAACUGCGUUGAAAAUAUUGUUCUCCGGACAAUGGGAUUCAGAAGGUGAUCCAGCACAAGGAAAGUUGGGAUUGAGACACAAGAAUAAACGCCUUCAAAGAACAGAGAUUGUGGCUUUAUUUAAUGCUUUUGCAAGAUUAUCAAACAGUAUAAGAGAAUUGGAGAACUUCCGAAUCAUGCUCAGCUCACAGAAAGAGUCGAAACCUCGACAAAAUCUCUUCGGGGUUCAAGACACGACGCAAACCAAGGAUCAUUGUUCUUCGGGAAGCACAAAACCGGGCAUAUGGAGUUAACUACCACAAUAUAGACAAUAUAGUACCUAAUUAGGGUCCGGAUUGAAUAAAUUAUUGUAAAUUACAAACUUUGUUGUAAUCGUUUUGACGUUCGUUACACGUGCAAAGAUCUCUUUUAAUGCUAUACGUUAAAGUCGCAAAUACAUUGUAAUGUAAUCAAGGACCUGUAGCGCUAGUACAACAAAAUGCGCGAUAGCGACUUAGAGGCGCGAGA